AUGGCUGUCCCGGCGAUCGGAAACCAAAUCUGCCAGAGCAUGCUCCUGCGACGCCACCAUGACCCCCUCCCGUGUUUGGGAGCUGUCCGGAAGAGGCAGGUCGUAAAGUUUGACGAGCUGGGCUUGCAGGCUUGCAGGGCCCCGGGUCUCUUGGGUCGUCCCAGCAGAGUGGUUCGGGAUCGCCCCCAAUGCCGCCCGGCGCCAUGGAUCGAGAAACUUUCUCCCAACCGCCAGGUCGAGGGCCCGACAAUCUGCGGGUUUCCCCUCCCAACUAGGACGGACGCCAGCAUGUGCGAACGCGGCCCAGGCUGUUCGGGGUCGCUGCAGAGGUACCGUAGCUAUCGAUACGUCCGUCUCUGCGUAGCAUGCAGAUAUUGA